AUGGGAAUUAUUGAUCAACAACAAGUGGUGGAGGUGCUAUUAGCAAAUAAUAGCAACAUUCCCUCUUUUCCAUUGUUAUCACUAAACCAUGUAUCUUAUGUUUGUAAUAAGUCUGUAGUAGAAUCAGCUAGGUUUUAUCAACAAGUUCUUGGUUUUGUGCUUAUUAAGAGACCUUCUUCUUUCAAUUUUGAAGGAGCUUGGUUGUUCAAUUAUGGGUUUGGGAUACACUUGUUACAGUGUAAUUCUGUUGACGACCUACGCGCAAAGCCAUUAUUCAUUAAUCCCAAGGAUAAUCACAUCUCCUUCCAAUGUACAGACAUUAGUCUAGUAAAGAGAAAGCUUGCAGAAAUGGGCAUGAAGUACGAAACAGCCAUUGUGGAAGAAGGAGGAAUCCGAGUUGAUCAACUUUUUUUCCAUGACCCCGAUGGUUACAUGAUUGAAAUCUGCAACUGCGAGAACCUACCGGUCCUUCCGCUGUUGGCAUGCCCUCUAAAAAAGAUGUCUGCUUAUAAUGAACCCAGCAAGUCAUGUACGUGAAACCCAAGAUGCUUUCUUUCUAUGCAA